AUGGCGCAGGAGUGCGUUCACUCUAGAAGCUUAAAUCAGGUUCCUGGGGUUGUUCUCAAACUAGACAUGGAAAUGGCUUAUGACAUAGUGAUUUGGAGUGUUCUCAUGGAGAUAAUGAGAAGAAUGGGCUUCAGGGUUAGAUGGUGCAAUUGGAUUUUUGAUCGUUUAUCUUCAGCUCACUUCUCAGAGCUUUAUAAGGGCAGGCCAACAAAAUUCUUUAAAGCUUCGAGGGGGUUAAGGCAUGGUGACCCCUUGUCGCCUUUUUUGUUUACUUUAUAUGCAGAGUGCUUCAACCUUAUGAUCAAGAAUGUCGUAGAUAGAGGUAAUUUAUCGGGCUUUGAGAUUGCUAAUAAUGGUCUUAAUUUCUCGCAUCUUCAAUAUACUGAUGACACUCUCAUCUUCCGUGGGGCUAAGGUUGAACAAGUGCAGAAUAUUGCUACAUUUUUAUGUGUUGCGAGGCAACUUUGGGUCUCAAGGUCAAGUUGGGGAAGAUGUCGAUGA